UGUGAAAAUGGAGUCAAUGAAUAGAUGGCACCGGGGUAUUAAUGGAGUGGGGGGUGAACUGGUGUGUUACUGGUGUGUGGGAGGAAACUCCCACUGAAGGCGUUUCUGCUCUGGACUGUAGAUUGAGACAAUACCGUCAAUGAGAUCAGCGGUUCCCACGUUUUGUGUCCCGGAGCUGUGGAGCUGUGGAGUUACACCGAGACAUGAGCUCACUGUGAAGCGUUAAUCUGAGAGCUCCACGUCUGCUGCAGGAAGUUCAGCUCUUUAAUGAGCUUCACUGGAGGACAAUAUUCAGACGGAUCUAACCGCUGCCUCCAGCUUUGACUGCGCGUCCCCGGAUUUACCAGAGAGCUGUGCGCCGACUCUCACAGUGUGUCUCAGUCUGGACGUGGACGUGAGUUGAUGUGCGAGGACAACAUGUCUUCGCCCCGCUGCUUCCAGCUGCUGCUGUCCUGCAUCCUGCUGCUGCUGCUGGUCCAGUUCCCUCAGGCUCGCUCCAGACCGGCCACAGAGGACACGGACACGGGCGACGCGGUAAAAUCCUCUGAAGACGAAGAAGACGAUGAGUCAUCCUCAGAGGAAAACAAACUGUCCAACGAGCUGUCAACAAGCAACGAGAAGCUCCAAAUGUCGGCGCUGGCGCCACAGUGGGUGAUGCCGGACAAGAUGGAGAAGCAGCUCCACGCCGUCCCCGCCAGCAAGACCGUGAAGUUCAGGUGCCAGGCGACCGGAAACCCCGUCCCCACUCUGCGCUGGUACAAGAACGGGAAAGAGUUCAGGAAGGACCAAAGAAUCGGAGGCUUCAAGAUCAGAGACCACAUGUGGACUCUCAUAAUGGAGUCGGUGGUUCCAUCUGAUAAAGGGAACUACACCUGUGUGGUGGAGAAUGAAUACGGGAGUCUCAAACACACCUACCUGCUGGAUGUAGUCGAGCGCUCCCCUCACAGACCCAUCCUGCAGGCUGGGCUGCCCGCCAACCAAACCGCAGUCGUCGGUCAUGACGUGGAGUUUGUGUGUCGAGUGUUCAGCGACCCGCAGCCUCACAUCCAGUGGCUCAAACACAUCACUGUCAACGGCAGCAGAGAGGCACCAGACGGACACCCGUAUGUCCUCGUUCUCAAGACGGCAGGUUUGAACACCACAGAUAAAGAAAUGGAGGUUUUGACUCUGAGGAACGUGACUCUGAACGACGCAGGAGAGUACACCUGCCUGGCGGGAAACUCCAUCGGCGUCUCUCAUCACUCUGCGUGGCUCACUGUCGUCGAUGACCUACCGCCCGCCCCGCUGCCCUCUCAGACGUACCUGGAGAUCUUCAUCUACUGCCUGGGGUUUUUCAUCAUCGUCAUCCUCACAGCCAUGGCGGUCAUCUGCAGACUCUGCUGCGCUCCGAAGAAGAGCGACUUCAACGGCCAGUUAGCCGUCCAGAAACUGGCAAAGAGCAUUCCUCUGAGGAGACAGGUGUCCGUCGAGUCCUCGUCCUCCCUCCAGUCGGGGAUGUGUUUGAUGCGUCAGUCUCGUCUCUCCAGUGCAGCCACCACCAUCCUGACGGGCGUGUCAGAGUACGAACUUCCCUACGAUCCCGUCUGGGAGCUUCCCCGUGACAGGCUGACGCUGGGGAAACCUCUGGGCGAGGGAUGUUUCGGUCAGGUUGUUCUGGCCGAGGCUGUUGGCAUCGACAGAAAUAAACCGACGCGCCUCUCGAAGGUGGCGGUGAAGAUGCUGAAAGCGGACGCCACAGAGAAGGAUCUGUCUGACCUGAUCUCUGAGAUGGAAAUGAUGAAGAUGAUCGGCAAACACAAGAACAUCAUCAACCUGCUGGGAGCGUGCACUCAGGACGGCCCUCUGUAUGUGGUGGUGGAGUACGCCUCGCAGGGGAAUCUGAGGGAGUAUCUCCGUGCCCGUCGCCCGGUCGGGUUGGAGUACUGGAGCGGGUCGAGGCAGGCGUCUCUGGGCAGUUUGGAGAUCAGGGAGCUGGUUUCUGCUGCGUACCAGGUGGCCAGAGGAAUGGCGUACCUCGCCUCAAAGAAGUGUAUCCACAGAGACCUGGCAGCCAGGAACGUGUUGGUCACUGAAGAUAACGUGAUGAAGAUCGCAGACUUCGGUCUGGCCCGAGACGUCCACCACAUCGACUACUACAAGAAGACCACUAACGGUCGUCUGCCGGUGAAGUGGAUGGCACCAGAAGCUUUAUUCGACCGCAUCUACACACACCAAAGUGACGUGUGGUCGUUUGGAGUCCUGCUGUGGGAGAUCUUCACCCUUGGGGGGUCUCCGUACCCCGGCGUCCCUGUGGAGGAGCUCUUCAAGCUGCUGAAGGAGGGACACCGCAUGGAGAAACCUUCAGCGUGCACUCAGGAGCUGUACCUGAUGAUGAGAGACUGCUGGCACGCCGUCCCGUCCCGCAGACCGACUUUCCAACAGCUGGUAGAAGAUUUAGACCGCACACUUUCUCUCAUGGCGAACCAGGAGUACCUGGACCUGGCCCUUCCUCUGGUCCAGUACUCUCCGGUCGUCUCGUCUUAUUCCUGUAACUCCACAUAGGGAGUUCUGGGAUCUUUUCCCUUCCUGGAUCACCUUCAUCCUGUUUCCUCUGCUGCGCGGGCUGGCGGUGACGGCGGCGGCGGCGGCAGCGGUCCCAGACGAGGCCCGGGCGGAGGAGCUCAGACGAAGCUGCUUCGCUGUCGUCUAUCAGCAGCAGCAGCCUGAUGUGAAGAACAGCUGGACUGAGCCGGACUCCCCAGCAGGGCCUCAGGAAGCAGCGUCUCGUUCAUACAGCGGGCAGAGACUGAGGGGAGAGCUGCUCCUGAGCUGCCCACUGCAUCAGUGCUCUGGUUAUAUUAAUAAUCAUCAUGUUCUCAGUGUAAAUACUGUAAAUAAUAGUUUGUGUUAUAUGGAAGUACAAACUGGAAUUAUCAGAGAAAUAUGAACUGAAAGGGGAAAUAAAUAAAGGGAGAAAUACAAACUAAAAAAUAACUGAAUGAAUAAAAAACAAAAUGUGUAAAUCUAUAAAUGUGUAAAAGAAAAAAAUAAAUCUAAUUUUACUUUUUAUUUGCCCACCGACCGCCUCCCUAACCCACAUGGAAACACUUUAUUACUCAUUUAUAGAUUUUCUUUGUGCAUCUUUUAUUCAUUAAUUUAUUUUGCCCCAGUAUUUAUGUUUGUCUCCGCAGUGACGUCGUGUUGCCAAAGAUGAUGUCUGCCAGUGUUACACUUCAACGUUGCACUUAACCUCCAGCUGAUCGCAGCCUGACAUGUACAGAGAACGCUUCUAGUUGAAUGUGUAAAAUAACUGAUUAACAACAGUAUUAAAAUCAUUUCUG